AUUGUAAGUGGAUGAUGGCGGAGCUGGCUGGCUUGUCGUCAUUCUCGAAAUUUCUGUGGCCAGUGAACUCCCUCUUCCUCUCCCACUCACCCUCUUUUCCUUUUCACCACUGCGGGGACUUUUCCUAAUUUGCAGUUUUCCUUUUCCUGACGUGCACAUGGUAGCUACAAGCUGGUGGCUUGCAGACUGCGUCUGGCUGGAGAUAGGCAGCGAGCCGAUGGAUAACAACACUCCGGGAGAAUGAUUAUGCAGCAAUUAUUUAAGGAUAGGCUUUUGUGGUAUGGCAGCAUAUGAGCUGAUUCUUCAGUGUAUAGUCUUGGACGCAGCGUGCUGAUUGGAAUCUUGUUCAAAGAUCGGAAAGGCCAAGCGGUGGAGGCAAGGAGCCAUGGCCGAGGAUAGGAAAGACGAAGCCAAGGCCCCACACUGGACUUCAGGUCAGCUAACAGAGGCUUCUUCACACCCACAUUCACCUGAAAUUAAGGAUCAGGGUGGCGCGAGUGCCGGACUGGUCAGAAGUGCCAAUGGAUUUCCGUACCAAGAGAUUGAGGAGCUGAGGCUGGGCAGCCAUGAGCAGCCAGGGACGUAUGCUCAGACCAAAGAGAAUGGCAUCAACGGAGAGUUGUCAUCAGGGAACAGGGAGACUGCAGAAGAAGUGUCUGCGAGGAUAGUACAAGUAGUAACAGCUGAAGCUGUAGCGGUCCUGAAAGGUGAACAGGAAAAAGAAGCCCAGCACAAAGAUCAGCCUGGAUCACUACCUUUAGCAGUUGAAGAAUCAGCCAAUCUGCCUCCUUCCCCACCUCCAUCACCAGCUUCUGAGCAGACUGGAGUUCUGGAGGAAGCAGCAGGUGGUGAAACAAACCAGGCUCCUGCUGUAUUUAAACAAGCAAAGGAAAAACUCUCAACUGCCUCUUUGUCAAAGAUUCCUGCCUCAAAGUCUAGAGCAAAGUCAUUGCUUCCUCCAAGACCCAGCUCAGCUUGCUCAUUAACCACUAAAAGGGCCACAUUUCUCGAUACAGACAGUUAUUUUGUUCGGCCCUCUUCUGCAGGCCCAAGAGACUCAAAAUCAGAUGCUAAGGAUGGAGUAAGCAAGAGCCCCGAGAAGCGUUCAUCUCUACCAAGACCUUCCUCCAUCCUUCCUCCUCGACGAGGUGUAUCAGGAGACCGAGACAGAGAGGAGAACUCCCUCUCCCUCACAACUUCUCUCUCCUCUUCAGUACGACGGACUACCCGAUCAGAGCCAAUUCGUAGCAGAACGGGAAAAAGUGGAACUUCUACCCCCACUACUCCUGGUUCCACUGCCAUCACUCCAGGGACACCACCAAGCUAUGCCUCCCGUACCCCAGGCACUCCAGGGACACCCAGUUACUCCAGAACUCCCCACACUCCUGGGACUCCCAAAUCUGCAAUACUGGUACCUACUGAGAAAAAAGUUGCCAUAAUUCGCACUCCUCCUAAAUCUCCAGCCACUCCAAAGCAGCUACGAGUUAUUAAUCAGCCUCUACCUGACCUCAAGAAUGUCAGGUCCAAAAUUGGGUCAACAGAUAAUAUCAAAUACCAGCCUAAAGGAGGGCAGGUUAGGAUUUUAAACAAGAAGAUCGAUUUUAGCGAUAUUCAGUCCCGGUGUGGUUCCAGAGAUAACAUCAAACAUUCUGCAGGGGGAGGAAAUGUACAAAUUGUAACCAAGAAGAUCGACUUGAGUCAUGUGACUUCCAAGUGUGGCUCGCUCAAGAAUAUCCACCACAAACCAGGAGGUGGGCGUGUGAAAAUUGAGAGUGUGAAACUGGAUUUCAAAGAGAAAGCUCAGGCUAAAGUUGGCUCACUGGAAAAUGCCCACCAUGUACCUGGUGGUGGUAAUGUCAAGAUUGACAGCCAAAAGCUGAACUUCAGAGAGCACGCCAAGGCCCGUGUUGAUCACGGGGCUGAGAUCAUCACGCAGUCACCGGGCAGGUCCAGCAUGGCCUCGCCGCGCAGACUCAGCAACGUCUCCUCCUCUGGAAGCAUCAACCUGCUUGAAUCUCCCCAGCUUGCUACCCUUGCUGAAGAUGUCACAGCAGCCCUUGCCAAGCAGGGGUUAUGAAUUUGCUCAUUUUGCGUUGUAUGAGGUAAUAAUAUUUAGGCAUGAGCUCUUUGCAGGAAUGGGCUCAGAGCAGGUGUUACGUUCAUUCUUUACCAUGUCUAAAACUAAGUUACAUCCCAAGACUUGUAGUUACCAUAUAGUUUAAAAAAAAAAAAAAACAGAAAAAAAUAAUAAAAAUUCCAUAGAUGCAGAAAUUGGCCUGACCUCCAUUUACAACAGGAAGACACUGGCUUUAUAUGGGUAUACAGCGGUAUGUUACAUUGGACAAUUAUUGUUGCUCUGCUCUGUCUUGCAUGGAGUACUGUAGUAUGAUAAAAUGCAUUUUUA